CUCAAAUCAGAAAUCGAUCGCCAUGGCAGCCAAUCACUCGCUUCUCAAUCUCAAUCUGAGUCUCACUCUCCUCCUCAUCCUCUCCAUUAAUGUCAACGUUGCCAUCUCCACCAGAUCUAUACGUCCUCUCAUCUGUAGUGUAUGUGCUUCAAUUGGAUCGUCGGAGGACUCGAUGUUUAAUAAUUAAUUAAUUGGCGUCAGGGCGAGGGCGAGGGCGAGGGCGAGACCGGCGUGGGUGAUUCGGAAAUGGAAUGUGUGUUCACAGUUUACGUACGGACCGGGUCGGUGAUCAAGGGCGGGACGGACUCGAAGAUGACCCUGACCCUGUACGACGCGGCCGGGUACGGAGUCCGGAUCAACAAUCUGGAGGCCUGGGGGGGACUCAUGGGCCCGGACUACGACUACUUCGAGCGGGGGAACCUCGACAUCUUCAGCGCCAGGGUGCCCUGCCUCACCGGCCCCGUCUGCGCCAUGAACCUCACCUCCGACGGUUCCGGCUCCGGCCAUGGCUGGUACUGUAAUUACGUCGAGGUCACCUCCACCGGGCCCCACCUCAACUGCGCCCAGCAGACCUUCACUGUCGAGCAGUGGCUCGCCACCGACAGGUCGCCCUACGAGCUCACCGCCAUUAGGAACUCCUGCUCCGGCGACGCCGACUCGCAUCCGUCGUCGUUGAUGCCUGUGGUUUAAGGAGGAGGGACCCGACCCGACCCUGUCCGGUUUGUGUGUGUGUGUUUUUUUUUUGUCCACGUGGGGUGGGUGAGCGAUUUUCGGGUCAAUGGUAUUUGUAUGAUGGGUACUUUAGUUUUGCGCGUUCUGUGGGUAGAUCGGAUCGGAUCGGAUCGGAUCGACGACUUAUUACACUCCCUUCCCUUCCCUUCCCUAAUUAAUUCCUGUUGUUAUUGUUGGAGGGGCAUUAUAGUCAUGGUACAUUAAUAACCAAAUUUAAUUCAAUUGAAUAAUGGAGUGAGUCAGUCGGAGUGCUUGCUUUUGUUUUGAAUUGAAUUGAAUUUCGAUCGUUAUAAUGAAAUGGAAUCGCUUAUCCUA